UGGACGAUACAUAGGCAAAAGGUAUAUGAAGAAAAGGAUUAUAGAAGAGUUAGAUUUGUUGGACGACAAAAGGAGGUGAACAAGAAUUUUGCAAUUGAUUUGAUAGCAGAGCAGCCUGUGAGUGAAGUUGAAAGCAGAGUGAUAUCAUGCGAUGGUGGUGGUGGAGCUUUGGGACAUCCUAAAGUAUACAUAAACUUGGACAAAGAUACAAAGACCGGAACAUGUGGCUACUGUGGACUUCAAUUUAAACAGAAGCAUCACUGAAAGAUUAUCCCUGCAUGCUUGCAGAUUUCUGUUCAUAUGUUAAUGUUUAACUAUAAAUAAACAAUAUAUUUAGAAACCCAA